UGUUGAUGAGUUUUGCCGUUUCAUUUUCCCAGCAAAUUACGCAUCCCCAUCCCCAUUCCUUUAAAAACAACACAGUUGUCUAUACUCAUCAUUCAAACUUAGCAAUAAGCAUCCCUCUGUUAUUUGAAAACCCUAAUGGCAAAACCCCAAAAUCUCCCCUCUCCAGAAUCUGAAAGCACUGAUGAUUCUGAAUCUGAAUCACAGCAACCCACCAAAAACCCUUGUGAUAAUGUUUUAUCUGCAUGUAAGAAACCCAUUAAGCCCAAUGCCAAGCGUCCAGCUGAUAAGGCUUCCACGAGCAAGGGGGAGCUUUUCUCAAGGGUGUUUACUGAAGAGGAUGAGAUUGCGUUGGUGGAAGGUAUGAUCGAGUUCAAGAAAACAAAUUCUAAUCCGAGUUCGAAGAUGGUUGCGUUUCAGAGUUUUGUUAAGGAUUCCUUGUCUUGUGAUGUUAAUGUGAAGCAGAUUGUGGGUAAGAUUAGUAAGUUGAAGCAGAAGUUUGUGUGUAAUGUGGGGAAACUACAGAAUGGUGAGGACCCCAUGAGUUGGAAGCCUCAUGAUUAUAAGCUGUUUGAGCUUUCGAGAGAGAUUUGGGGAAGUGAGGUUCUGGGUGGUAUGGAAAAAGAUAAGAAUGAUGAUCAUGGGGGUAGUAAGACGGAGGCGGAGGGGGAGCUUUGGUGGUCAUUGUAUCCUUGUUUGUGUGCUUCGCUUGAAGCUGAAGCGAAUAAGAAGUUUAGAGGGACGAUAUCGGCGAAAGAGUAUGUGAACAAGGUGGUUAGAGGACUCGAGACGAAGAGGGCUGUUGAAUUGGAGGGUGAAUGGAAGAAUUUUGUGGUAAUGCAGCAGCAGGUGUAUGCGGAGAGGACAAAAAUGAUUAGGAAACAGGCUGAAGCUGUGAUGAAUUCCUGAAGUCGUAGUGGAGCAAGGGGCAGGCUUGGAUCUUUUUCUGAAGUAGGUUAUUUAAAACCAAAAGAUGAUUUGAAAACUUGUGCAGACGCUUCAUGUCAGAGAUGGCAUCUCUAUAUGUGCUAUCAACAGAUUUAUCUCCACAGGGCAUAACUUCUAAGUAAAUGAAAUGAACUAAGCUUUUCUGUGUCAUUCUAAGUGAUGUCUAGAAGCAUCAACCUUCACGCAUCUUCUAUGGUUUCGGUCAUCUGUCAUGAGACGUAUUGGCGAGUGGCCUGAUAAGAUUAUAAUUGUCUAGGAAAAUUCCUCAUUUUAACUUAAAAGAAAGCUGUGACUUGGACCAAAGCACUUUGCAGAUACGACAUCUUUAUGGUAGAUUUCGAGAUAGACUUGUCUUGAUUAUACUUUAAGAAUUAUUAUCUGUUAGCUAUACUAAAUUGUGGUUAUUAUUUUGUUUGUACUACAAGGUAAUAUCCUUGAUAAGUUGGCAGACAAUGUUUUAAAGUGGUAUUGUUACUUGUCUAAUAUGGCUAUAUGCUUUUGUGGCUAUGCUUGUGUCUCUUUUUGGAAUCCUUUGUAGAUGGACCCAAAUGCAAUUAAUCUGGAUAAGUAUGUAAGGUGUGAUUUGAGCUGUGCUGAGAGAAAACAUGUAUGACAGAUGAACUUUAGAUGGUGUAAUUUAUUUAGUUGAAGAAAUGUUUAUAUUUGAUAGAAGUAACAUAUGGAAAGCACUACAUCAGAUACACUAUUUUCUAGAUCACGUAUUCUCUUGUCGCUAACCAAAAUGUAGCAUAUUCCAAAGUUAUAAUUUUGAAAGCAAUGUAUGACUGUAUGAGCACAGAUUGGAUCA